GAUACAAGGUGAAUAUUGUGACAUUGUUGCUAUCUCCCGGACCUAGAAAUCCACUCCUAGCGGCGGUGAUUUUGUUGGAAACGAACGUUCAGCUGUUUCUGUUGGGCCCGACAGUGUUGUGAUCACGGAUAAAUGCUGAGUCAGCCUAUAGCGCGGUCACUGAGUGCUUGCUGAAUCAUCAACACGGUACGCGAGCGCGCCAAACACUGGCAUAGGUUCAUCUAGUGAACUACGUAAUUUCACGGUUAUCGUAAACCAAGGAACUAGAGACAUCUUCAUUGUUUCUACAGGGGGAAUUGUACCAUUUUCUUCCAAGAGUGAGAGCAAAGGAACAGGUUUUGACUAUUAUUGUGGACGGAAUAUGAGCAAAAAGAUAUUUUUAUCCCAGAUAAAAUCCGAAGAGCAGGCCUCUGCCGCAGCCAACCGCCUGAGUGAUGAUGAGCUUGUUGGUCUGUCUGUGAAGGAGCUGAAUCGGUUGCUGAAGGGGCUGAGCAGGGACGAUGUGGUGAAGCUGAAGCAACGCCGCCGCACGCUCAAGAAUCGUGGGUAUGCCGCCAACUGCCGCGAGAAGCGCAUCUCCCAGAAGGAGGAGCUGGAAACGGAGAAGGAGGGCUUGAAGGCGGAGGUGGAUCGGCUGCAGCGGGAGAAUGAUGUUGUCAAAAUGGAACUGACUGCCCUCCGGUCCAAAUACGAUGCUCUGUCAAACUUUGCUGACCACCAUCGCAUCAAGGUUCUACCCCAUCCAAUCGUUGUGACCACUUCUUCCAGCGAGAAAAUCAUGGUGAAGACAGAACCGAUCCAAGGGCUGCGACCCUGUUCAGCAUCAUAGCAGGCGUCCGGUAGAUACUAUGGCUUCCCACUGCAGCGAGCGCCACCUAGCUGAUGAGACUUGUAACACUGCAUAGUAUGAACACUUGCAUCUCUAUAUUCAGGACGCCACCAUCAUGGCAACUGUUGUCAGAGAUGGUCUAUGCUGCUUGCCAUCUAGUGAUGAGGACAUCAACCUUUUGCAGAGCGAAAGAAAUUCCCGAUUGCCUUAAAGAGACUUGUUGACAGAUUGUCAAAUGAAUAUUGUAAAUACGCUAUGUUAAGAUAUUUUGUCAGUGUAUAUGCAUUCAUAUCUUCAUUCAAAGUUGACUGGGACUUUGAAACCUGUUUUGUUCAAGCAUAGUACUUUUACAUUGGUUGUCAUUCCAUAUCUUUACAGAUCAUUUCAUUCAGAUGCGAUUUUUUUGAGUUGCAUAGCUCUGCACACUAACCAUAUUUGCAGAUUUUAGAAGUAUCAUUUUGAUUGAUCAUAUUUUCAUCAUGAAAGGUCCCAAUAGUCUUAUCCAUUCAUCAACCAAAUCUGAAGUCUCACGAUGCAACUUAAGUAUUCAUAAGUUCUCAUUGAAACAUUACAUUCUCAAGCAGUUUUAUCAAAAUUGGUCAAGUAUUAUUAGAAUGACUCAUUCCCAUCGAACUUCAUUUUGAGACCUAUUGUAUUGCAACAUGAUUCAAAACUUGUUCCUACAUUUUGAGAACUGAUGCAUUUUGUUGAUGUUGGUUAAAUAUUAUAUGUGGAAUUUGGAUAUAUGUGAUCAAUGCUACAAAUCUUGUCUAUUUGAGGACAGAAAAGUGCUACACAGAACCUGGUUAAAAUAUGCAUAAUCAAAUUUAUUUAUGAUGGUUCGUAUUGAGAGGACACUCAGACUUACCCUCCUUAGAAUGUUCUUGAUUUAAUUUUUUGUUUAAGAGCAAUCUCUUUAAAAUCAGAUCUUACUUCUUGCUAUCGCUAAACAAAGAUCUGAGGACAUCCCAUUAUGGGUCACGUCAGACUGACCUUGCGCAAAUUCAGACUGACCAAUGGAAGGACUGACAAGAAGUUGACAUUAGCCAGUCAAUAGGCAGCUCUCACGUGCUUUACGGCACUAAAUUCAAAUUGGUGACUCCGCUUCGAAACAUAUUUUGACAAAUUCUCGAUUAAAAUUUGAAACCUGAACAAAAGAAUAUUCUGGAAUGGCAAAUAUAUGGUCUAGAUUGUAUGGAGUCAGUUGUUAAACCGUAACCAUCAUUCGGAAUACCCUGUGUUAAAGUUUUCGAGGUUGCAUGAUUAGAAAUCACAUUCCGACUGUCACUUUCAUGAUCUGGUAAGCGACGCUCUGAUUGGUCGGAUGAAAGGUCGUUCUGACGUGACUCCUAACUGAAUGUCCUCAGAUCUUUGUUUAGCAGUAGCGAGAACUAAGAUCUGAUUUUAAUGAGAUUGGUUUAAGAGAAAAUAGAUUACAUUGUACCAGGGUAUAACAUCCUCAUCCUCAUCCUCAUCAAGAAUGUAACAUUCUCCAUUUUGUGUAGCCAAUAAUUCAAUGACCUGAAAAGCAAUCAUUUUGAUAUUAGUCUUGUGACACUUUUCAUUGUAUAUUGCUCAUUAUUGCUUCAAUCAAAAUGUCAACGGAAGCCCAGGUAAACUGGACUGAACAAUAAUUUGUACUGGAGUAAUUGGAGAGAUGGAUUAACGACUGAGUGAACAAGACACUCGGUGUUUUUGAGAAAUGUUGUGGUUUAUUGAACCAUGUAUGACACGCUCACUGUAAUAAGUGCCCCCUAUGUUUCCUAGUGUAAACACAACGCCCUCAGGCUCGUUCCCCCAAAGGAUUUAAGAGUUCAUAGUAAAUAACUAGAUUUACAAACUGGAUUAUAGGAUUUACAAAAAAUAUACACUGCAUCAGUGUGUCUCAAGUUAAAAUAAAUAAGUUUGAUAUGAACCUUUCUUGAUACGUAAAUUUCUUAUUUUCCAAAUACCCUCUCAAGAAAGAAACAUUUAAUUUUAUUAUACAAUGCCAAUGGAAUCAUAAGUAUCUUAGAAAGUAGACAAGUGCUUGUUGUCAAAGUGCUGUGUACAGAAUCUAGUGCUUGACACCAUUCAGUGACCAGGACCUUGUCAGCUUGAAAAGCUACUUUGAAACUUUUAAGGUAUUAUUCAAUGCACAUACUGCAGAAAUUGAUAGGAACACGAAGGAUUCACCAUGAAAACCGAAUUUGCAAACUUUAAUAUCAGUCUCCCGCUCCACCCAAGAUACCCACCCACAGUUCAUAGAACACCUCCCCUAUUACAGUUUCUUACCCCAUAUAUGUGCUAUACACUGAAUUAACAGUCACGAUUGUCACAGUAUGUCAAGAGAAAGAAAUAAGAAAUGUUUAAGAAGCAGAUUUUGUUAAUUAAGAAAAAUGAUGCUUGGAAUAUGUUUUUCAAAUAUGCUUUUCAUGGCUUGAAAGUGCCUUGUCUCUUCCAUCCAAGCUGUGGCGGUCUGUAACUUUCAUGGGGCACCUAUUGCAUGAGUGUGGAGGAUUGUUGCCUACUCAAACUGUGCUAACUUACAGUUGGGAAACAUGGAAUAUAUUACUUAACUCAAUCACACAGAAAUACUUAAGCCAGAAACUCAAACAUGUUGGUCUGCCACCUUGUUCCAAAGAGAUUCAAGACUAUUUGUGAAGUUGAAUGAGUUGAUCAUGUUCAGGUAGCAAUGCCCUGAUCUGUUUAAUGGUGAUGUAAGUGUGCAACAAGUUGAGUGAUUAGACCACAUGUUUCAUCAUACAAUUACCCACCAGACGUAUGAACCUGUAUCUUAGCUACCACCAUUUUGUUACUACCAACAUCAGUUCAUCAAGCCAUAUGAUGACAGACUUAACGAGAUCACUAUACAUGGAGUCUCUUUGUCAAUAUUCUUGGAUGCUGUGAAAUUUGAUGCCGAAAUUAAAUAACUCUAUAGGAUUUCUGUUUAUGUCCUGUCUGGUUAAAGACAUUCUGUUUUAAAACAGUUUGAGAUUUUCAUUCAUAAAUGAAGUUAUUUUUUGUUUCUUUUGUUUUUAAGAUUGAUUUGUUUCACAGCCAUGAAUGGCAUGUUAUGCUGUAGACAAAUAUGGUUUAUAUUACUUAUUCUGUUAAUGAUUGUUUGAAGAAUAUCCAGCAUGAAUUGAGUCGGUCCACAAAUAGGACUGCUGGUGUCUAAGGGAGCAACCAUUUGAUCUUCGAGGGAGGAAGAAGAGAUUUUAAUUUGAUAAAUUGUUGCCAUACUAUUUGCUAUUUGGCGGCAUCUAUUGAGAAAUUCAUUUUUGAGUGACAAUUAAGUUUUAUCUGCCUAAAUUUGAUAUGCUUCAUGUUCUUCCUUUAUGACCUGAUGAUAAAAUAUAUUUCGAAACAAUUACACUUCACCCAUCCCCACCCAAAGAGGAAAUGGUAGGUCCCUAAUACGUGGAAGGAAUAUGAGACACGCCAUCAUUUAACACUGUCAGUCUUUGCUAACUUGACAUAGGCACUUCUUGUAUUGAUAGUAUAUGUGUAAACCUUGAAAUGGGCACAGUGUAUAUUUUUUAUUAUGUUUCUGUUGAAGAAUGGCUUUGUGUCUUGGAGGAGUGGUUUGUCAAUGAUAGUCUUGAGACAUCCCUUUCUGUAUUUUCAUGCAAUUCCUGAUUUAGACGUACAUGUUUAUGUAUUACAAACUUGUGUAUUUUGAACCUAUCUUCAGUUGAUAUGUUUUUUUAAUCAAUAUUUAGAAGGUUGAUUUCUAACACCUUGUUAAUAGUGUGCAAUUCAGUAGGAUUUGUUAUUUCUGAAUAAGAGCAUACCAAUUUGUUUACUUGUUUUACUAAUGUUUAAAUCUGUAAUAUGCCAACAUCAGU